AUGUCAUCGAGGACAUUAUCGUUCAGAGUCAAGAACAAUAACCACGCCAGAAUAUUUUUAAAGAAUGUAUCUACUAGAUUUCCCUGCAUUUUAGUAGAAAGAAUCGAUCCCUACUCAGACGGAGCCAUAGAACCAUUCCAGACAUUAAUUGUAUGGGUGAGAAUCACUUUCGUGGCCUUUUGCAACACAAAUACAACAUUUACUUUCAAUUUCGAACACAAGAACGUUUCAAUUGGCCUAUUAUACAAUCUACUCGCAGGAACAAUGAAAUUGGACAUUGCUUUACGUAAAAAUUUCAUUAUCGGAGCAGAUUAUGAAGGAUAUAUAUCACUGUAA